UUCUCCUCAAUCUGCCUGAUGCGUGGACCUGUUUAUCCGUUCGCUUUCAGUUCCGCCAAGUCUAGUCGGGGAAGUGUGCCGCGCUCGCUCCGACGGGGAUGAUCUUGACUGUGGUAAGGACCCUACACUACAAAAUGUAUUUCGAAGUGAACCGCCUUCCGCCAAGGAAACCAACGCAGCAUCAGCUUUACUCAGAGACCUCGUAAGCAAUAUCAGAGUCACCAGGCCGUCAGCGUUCCGCGUAGAAGGUCGAGCUCAGUGCGAUAUUGUAGUGGGAACAAGUAUGCCAAGUGUUGCUGAAAUGAUGCCUGAAGUCAUGAAUCCAAACACAUCAGACAUGAGACCGUUGGCACGCCAAGUCAGCAGCCUUCCCUUGAGUCAUGGACUAAAAGUCAUACGACAUAUUCUGCAAAUGGUGUUAUCGAGAAAUCAGAAAGAGAAGAUAAACGUAAGUGAAUACGUGAAUGCCGCCAAUACUGGCAUCAAACACAGAAUCCGCAGGCAAGAGACAGAUCCUGCUUGCAGUAACAUGACUAUGAUGGACGUUUGUAUGACGACCGUUCGUCUGGGAGACGUCUUGUCGUUCAACGUCUGCGAAGCAAUGCUCUUCAUCCUGCCUCUGUUCGUUGCCCUGCCCGUGGCCUUCGGUAUAGCCAGCGUUCUGUCGCCUUCCGUGUCGCCCCCUCCUAUUUCACCUCCUCCCACUCCUUCUCCUCUUCGAGACAUCCCCUCCCCUUUUCUUACCCCCCCUCCUUCUCCUCCGUCUCCGCCUCCCUCACCACCUCCUCCCCCAGCCCCCCCACCCCCAGCCCCCCCUCCGCCGCCGCCUCCUCCGGAAGCGGUUCGAGCUGUCAUCCCCUUCUGCUCGGGCUCCGGCUACUUGGAUCUCGUGCAACGGCUGCGGAAACUCGUCAGCCGCAACAACGGGCGUCCCUUGAAUCCCGUGGCCGCGUCCCUCGCCGUCGCCGUCAACUAUUGCAAGGUUUUUAUUUCCUCCUGGUUGUGCAAUGUCGUCCUGUACGGUUUAGGAGUGCGUCCCGUCGUGCCUCCCGCGCCGCCCUCUCCCGCCUUUGCUCGCUCUUAUACCAGUGACAGCAACGCCCAGCCGCCCAUCUUCCUGGACGACCAAGAGGUCCAGGUGGCCAAAACGCCUCCAAAGCGAUGGCCAGGGAUUGUGAACACCGAAGAAGCUCCUGCAGAAGGCCCCAGACCGGUGACCGAGGACACGCUACGGACCCGCAGUUCCUUCUCGUGCGGCGGGGCCCUUGUGUCUCCGUACCACGUCCUGACUGCGGCCCACUGCCUCCUCGACCAGCGGGUCACUGGGGACGGCAAACCUAGGUUCCUUAAGCCGUCCGUGGUCCGUCUGGGCGAGGUUGACUUCGACCGCGUGGACGAGAGCCAGGCCUUUGACUACGACGUGGCGGCCGUUCGGGUGCACGAAGAUUAUGUUCUUCCUGUGAGGUACAAUGACAUCGCCAUCAUCACCCUGAAACAGAAGGUGGAGUUCACGGCAGCGUUGCGCCCGUACUGCCUGCCUCGGCGAGAUCUCCAGCUAGACGGCCGCGUGUGUACUGUCUCCGGCUGGGGAAGGACGUCGAAUAAUGUCCUUCAUUCCAUUCACCUGGACCUUCAAUCGCCAGACUUGGUUUCAACGAUCUUACACAAUUUGGAAGUGGAAGUCCUGCCGCAGGUGGAGUGCGCGGAGACGUAUUCCUCCGCGGGCGACAUCUUCACCACCGAGUACCCUGAGGGCUUCACGGACACACUCCUCUGCGCAGGGAAGCUCGCUGACGUCUGCAGGGGCGACUCAGGAGGUCCACUUGUCUUGACGGAGUUGAGGACCAUGCAUACCGUGGGCGUAGUGAGCACAGGGUACGGGUGUGGAGACGCAAAGUUCCCAAGCAUCUACACCCGCGUGGACCAGUAUACACAGUGGAUAAACGAUGAACUCUAUGGCGGAUGUGAAGUUUAGGUGUUGCAAGAUCCUCCGCGAAAAUAUUGAUAAAGGUAGUCGAAAACAUGUUUAUCGGAUGUUACGACUGAAUCAUAUGAACCUGUAUCUCUCAUGAAUUUUUGUACCUUCAGUAAAUAUCGUUAACUAAUAAAGGCAAAGUAAUGUUUCCGAGAAAUAAAAAUGUUAUUGAGGCUAUGCACAUCUGGCAUGGUAUUUCAGUUUUAAUCAUCAAGUUUUAAAUUUUAGAAAAUAAGAAUGUAAUAAACGUUUUCAAAAUACCGUUGGUCACUAUAAAUCGUCACAGUCAUUGAGAAUUAUAUUUCAAAAUCAUAAAUUUGAUUAAAUUUCUCUAUCAUUCUAGUCAUUCAGGUGUCUAUUAGUAAUAACAUGUAUUCAUUAUUUAGCUGAUAUUUUUUUUCGUAAAUGCCG